UAUGAAGGUGCUGCUAAUGAAGGUGGCAGAGGACCAAGCAUAUGGGACACUUUCGUCCAGAGAUACCCAAGAAGAUGUUGGUAUAAUGAAGGACAUUGGAUUUCAGGCCUACAGGUUUUCCAUCUCGUGGUCGAGGCUUUUACCUAAUGGAACCAGAAGUGGUGGAGUGAACAGGGAUGGCAUCGACUAUUACAACAACCUCAUCAAUGAACUACUUUCCAACGGAUUAGAGCCAUUUGUGACACUAUUCCACUGGGACCUUCCCCAAGCCCUUCAAGACACAUAUGGGGGCUUUCUGAGUCCCAAAAUUGUGGAUGAUUUCAAAGACUAUGCAGAGUUAUGCUACAGAGAGUUUGGCGAUAGGGUGAAGCACUGGAUCCCCAUAAACGAGCCACAUAUUUUCACCACUCGGGGAUAUGAGUAUGGCUCGUUUGCGCCCGGAAGAUGUUCUCCGUGGCUUUCGCCCGACUGCAAUGGCGGCGACUCUGCCACUGAACCUUACUUGGUUGGCCACAACCAGCUUCUAGUCCAUGCAGCUGCAGUUCAAGUUUACAAGACGAAGUAUCAGAAUACUCAAAAGGGCCAAAUUGGAAUUGCAUUAAAUGUACCAUGGGUGGUGCCCUUAUCACAAUCCAUUGCAGACCAGGAGGCUUCAAAUAGGGCUCUUGUCUUCACGUAUGAUUGGUUUAUGGAGCCACUCAAAUCCGGCAGUUACCCGGCCGAAAUGACAACAUACGUCGGAGAACGACUUCCGAAGUUUUCGGAAGAGCAAUCGUCGAUGCUAAAAGGAUCUUUCGAUUUCAUUGGUUUGAACUACUACAGUGCAAGUUAUGCAGCGAAUGGCACUUGUAAGAGGAUAAACCCCAGAGCCUCCACAGAUUCUUGCGUCGUACAUUUGAGUGAGCGUAACGGGACUACGAUUGGCCCAAAGGCUGCCUCAGAUUGGCUCUAUAUUUAUCCUAAAGGAAUUGAGGAUCUUUUGCUGUACACAAGGGAUAAAUUCAACAACCCGGUCGUUUACAUUACUGAGAAUGGAGUUGACGAGCUUAACAAUGGCCAGUUGUCGCUGAACGACAACAUUAGAGUCAACUAUUAUGCCGACCAUCUUUCAUUCGUUCAAAGGGCCAUAAGGAAAGGAGCUAACGUGAGAGGGUACUUUGCAUGGUCAUUGCUGGAUAACUUUGAAUGGGCAGAUGGGUACACAGUUCGGUUUGGGAUUGUGUAUGUCGAUUACAAAGAUGGGCUGAGAAGAUAUCUGAAAGACUCAGCUAAGUGGUUCAAGCAAUUUCUCCUUUAG